CCUGGAGCAGAAGCCAAUAGAUGGCGUGACCAAUCAGAGCCAGGCUUUCGCGGGCGCGGCCCCCGGCAAUUGGGCGGCGGGGCGCGGGGCGGGGCUUCCGGUCGGGGCAGAGGGGCUUCCGCUGCCGCGGCGCCUCGGAUGGCCGCGUUCCGGGUAGCGCUCGCGGCCUCCCUCGCGGCCUCCCGCGCCCGGCCUCCCCUCGGCCGCCGCCCGCCGCCUGCGCCCUGCUCCGCGUCGGCCGGCGCCAUGGAGCCUGAGCCCCGCUGGCUGGCGGGGCUGCGCUUCGACAACCGCGCUCUGCGCGCGCUGCCGGUGGAGACACCGCCGCCUGGCCCCGAGGGCGCCCCGUCCGCGCCGCGGCCCGUGCCCGGCGCCUGCUUCAGCCGCGUGCGGCCCGCGCCCCUGCGGCAGCCGCGCGUCGUGGCGCUGUCGGAGCCCGCGUUGGCACUGCUGGGCCUGGGCGCGCCGCCCGCCGACGCCGCCGCCGGCGAGGCGCGCGAGGCCGAGGCCGCGCUCUUUUUCAGCGGCAACGCGCUGCUGCCGGGCGCCGAGCCCGCCGCGCACUGCUAUUGCGGCCACCAGUUCGGCCAGUUCGCCGGGCAGCUGGGCGACGGCGCCGCCAUGUACCUGGGCGAGGUGUGCACGGCGGCCGGCGAGCGCUGGGAGCUGCAGCUCAAGGGCGCCGGCCCCACGCCCUUCUCCAGACAGGCCGACGGUCGCAAGGUGCUGCGCUCGAGCAUCCGUGAGUUCCUGUGCAGCGAGGCCAUGUUCCACCUGGGCAUCCCCACCACGCGGGCCGGCGCCUGCGUCACGUCCCAGUCCACCGUCGAGCGGGACGUGUUCUACGACGGCAACCCCAGGCCCGAGCAGUGCGCAGUCGUGCUGCGCGUGGCCCCCACGUUCCUCAGGUUCGGAUCCUUUGAGAUCUUCAAGUCCUCGGACGAGCACACGGGGCGCGCAGGCCCCAGCGUGGGGAGGAACGACAUCCGAGUGCAGAUGCUCGACUAUGUCAUCAGCACUUUCUACCCCGAGAUCCAGGCCGCUCACGCCAGCGACAGCGUGCAGAGGCACGCCCCCUCCUCCCGGGAGGUGACGCGGCGCACGGCCCAGCUGGUGGCCGAGUGGCAGUGCGUGGGCUUCUGCCACGGCGUGCUCAACACGGACAACAUGAGUAUUGUGGGGCUCACCAUCGACUACGGGCCCUUCGGCUUCCUGGACAGGUACGACCCCGACCAUGUGUGCAACGCCUCCGACACCGCCGGGCGCUAUUCGUACAGCAGGCAGCCCGAGGUGUGCAAGUGGAACCUGCAGAAGCUGGCAGAGGCCCUGGACCCCGCGCUGCCCCUCGAGCUGGCCGAGGCCAUCCUGGCGGAGGAGUUCGACGCCGAGUUCCGCAGGCACUACUUGCAGAAGAUGCGCUGGAAGCUGGGCCUUGUGCGGGCUGAGCGGGAGGAGGACAGCGCCCUGGUGGCCAGGCUCCUGGAGACCAUGCACCUGACGGGUGCUGACUUCACAAACUCCUUCUACCUGCUGAGCUCCUUCCCGGCCGGGCCGGAGUCUCCGGACCUGGACGAGUUCCUGGCCGCGCUGACCGCACAGUGUGCCUCCCUGGAGGAGCUGAGGCUCGCCUUCCGACCCCAGAUGGAUCCCCGGCAGCUGUCCAUGAUGCUCAUGCUGGCGCAGUCGAACCCGCAGCUUCUGGCGCUCGUUGGCACGCGGGCGAGCCUGGCGCGGGAGCUGGAGCGCGUGGAGCAGCUGAGCCCGCGCGUGGAGCAGCUGAGCCCGGCCGAGCUGCGCGGCAAGAACAGGAGCCGCUGGGCCGAGUGGCUCCUGGAGUACAGAGCCCGGCUGGAGAAGGAUCAGGAGGCCGCCGGCGACACCGCUGCCUGGCAGGCGGAGCGCGUGCGCGUCAUGCACGCCAACAACCCCAAGUACGUCCUGAGGAACUACAUCGCGCAGGGCGCCAUCGAGGCCGCCGAGAGCGGAGACUUCUCGGAGGUGCGGCGGGUGCUGAAGCUGCUGGAGACCCCUUACCGCGGGGAGGGGGGGGCCGCCGAGGCCCGCGACGCCGCCGAGCCCGAGGCGGCCGGCGGGGCGGCGGGCCGGCGGCACUCGUACGGCAGCAAGCCCCCGCUCUGGGCGGCGGAGCUGUGUGUGACGUGAUCGUCGUAACCGCCUCGGAGGCCUC